AUGGAAGACUCGGAGGAGGUGAAUACGCUUGUAAGCCUCGGAGAAGCACUCAUCAGCGCGAUCCUCGAACGCGCUCCUCUCGACGCGGUCAAAAAAAUGAUCGAGGAUGGCGCGCCGCUCUGGUAUCAAGAUGAGGAUGGCACGUCCGCAUUGCACGCCGCUGCUUACGUGGAAAAUGAGGAGCUUGUGCGUUUGCUGAUACAGGAGGGCGCGGUGUGGAAUGCAGUCGACAAUACGCAUAAUACCGCAAGUGACAUCGCGCUCUCCAUGAACAACGAAGAAUGCUACAACAUCAUCCGAGACGCAGGAAUCCGCUCAGAACUGCUGCUCACGCUUCUGUCCUCGAAAUUACCUGCUGAGAAGUCUCCAUUGUCGCUCAUCUUGAAGGCUACCGAUAGCACCGCGGCUGGUUCGACGGAGGAGUUUCUCUCGUCGAAACUGAGAUAUACGACCGACGAGCACGGGCAAGAGAUUUGUCUCGUGAAGGUCAGCGAUGACGAAGAUGUCGGGGUAAUGAUGGGCUGGGAGCGUCCGAUCAUGCAGGAAACCGUGCACAAGCUGUGCGACGACCAUGAAAAGCUCGCUGAUGGUCUGAAGAUACUCAACGUCGGCUUUGGACUUGGCAUAAUUGACAGCCUUUUCCAAGAGUUGCCUACACCUCCCGCGCUGCAUGUCAUCAUCGAGCCGCAUCCGGACGUCCUGCAGCACAUGCAGAAGCUGGGCUGGUUUGACAAGAAGGGCGUCGUUGUUAUUGAAGGAAAAUGGCAAGACUUCAUGGAGAGUGAAGAGUUGCUUGGUGUGGGUGGCUUUGAUGUCGUCUAUACGGACACGUUCUCCGAAGAUUACAAAGAUCUGCAAAAGUUCUUCGAGCACGUCCCUGACCUAUUAGCAGGCCCAGAGUCUCGCUUUGGCUUCUUUAAUGGCCUAGGAGCGACGAAUGCCUUAUUCUACGACGUGUACAGACACGUCUCCGAAUUGCACCUCGCCGACGUUGGCGUCGACGUAGAGUGGAGCGACGUGGACGUAUUCGCGGGAGACGAUGAUCGAUGGGGUAAGACGCGAGAGUAUUUCGCUCAGCGGCUAUACCGCCUACCAGUCGGGAAGAUGAGAGCCAUUGGAUAGUUAGCCCGCGAUGUCUUGAUUCGCUGGUGAUUUAGCGGGAGAAAUUAACAUCUAGACGUGGCGCUGGAGCUGAUGCUUGAUACGAAGCGCAUGUCUGAUUUAUCACCGCGUUCCUGCUCUUCGCCUCGCCUCCUGCACGCGGACGGCUCAUGUUCGUUAUCUGAAUCCAUGGAGGACCUGGCCUACCUAGAAGGGAGGCACGCUAUAGUCCAGUACAAUGCAAGAUCCUAGACGCUUUCCUAUUGAGGCUUCAGUGGCGUUUGCCGAUCAGAGAUCUCGUCGCAACGAUGUCAAGACGACAGCGUGGGCAGUGCACCGUGCGGCCAUUCCGACUCCCUCAUAACAAGAG